UGACGUCGCAAGUUCCCUAGUUGUGACCUGCUUGCCUUUGCACGCGAGCAUGCAUUGCUGGCCGCGACAAUAAUCGAGCUCGAGCACCCAUAGCGGGCUCCACUGACGAGAUCAAGAACAAGAUACCAUGGUGUCGCUCUGGCCUUGGAGGGCCAGCGAAGAUGCUGCAUCCUUCGAGAAGACGCUGAACACUCUUACGGGCAAGAUCGCGAGGGCUACCGCCGUCAAUGACCGCCAACGCCAGCUGUCGAGACGCGCACGUGUCAUGUGGACGCUCUAUGCGGGCUUUGCAUACAUCCUGGCUGCACUGCUGCUUACUCUGGUGACGGGCUGGCAGAACUGGGGGGCUUUGGAAGGCUCUAUUGUCGCUGGCGGCCCUGUAGUCAUCUACGGCAUCCGCUACGCGCUCACGAGCUACUUCGAUUACCGCAUCAGGAACACGGACAAGUUCCUCAAGAAGCUCAACAAGGACCGAGAUGCCACCAUCGAGCGGCUGAAGGAGGCCACCAAAUACAACUCGACACAACAGCUGCUCGAGAAGUAUGGUGCUUCGCCAAAGCAGAAGGAACAGCCACCCGCGUCGCCACAGAAGCAGCAGCAAGGCCAGCAGAAGCAACAGCCCCAAGGUCCCCGAACUGGCAUGGCUCCUCCGCCAACUGCGAACAUUCAACGUCCCCCCGGCCAGCCACAACCUUCGACACCCCAGCGCCCGCCCUCGAACAUCUCAUCCCCACAGGGACCGUCUCCGCCGCCGCCGCAGUUAGCAGCCCUAGAAGCUCCCGGUGCCGAAUUCGCACCCAAUGCCUUUGGUUCGGCUGAAUUGACCAAGCAAUUCUCUGCCGCUCCUGCCGCUACCUUUGCCCAGACUCAUUGGUACGACCGCAUCCUCGACGCUCUGCUCGGUGAAGAUGAGACGCAGGCUAAGAACCGUCUCGCACUCAUCUGCUCAGAAUGCCGCCUGGUCAACGGACAGGCACCACCGGGCGCUCGAGGCAUCGAAGACGUUGGUCGAUGGCGAUGCAGCAGCUGUCGUGCUUGGAAUGGUCAGGAGAAGCCUCGCGAGCAUGUCCAAGAACUCGUGAAGACUUGGGAAGCUGAGCGCAACGCCAAAGAAAAGCAAGUCGGCAUAAGCGCUGACGAUGGUAUUGAUUCGUCGGACAGUCGGGAAAGCGAGGAUGACAGAGGAGCAGCGGAUGAAGGUUCUGGAGUUGAUGUCGGGCAUGCGCUGGUGGAGGAGGUCGUUGAGGCGCCUCCAGCAAGAAGCACGCGGAGCAAGACGAAGAGCAAGGGGAAGAAGUGA